AUGGAAGCAUGGCCAAAGCUAGUUUUUGGCCAGGAUAGUGGUGGAGGUGGAGGUGGUACUGGUGCUGGCAUUGAGAUAUUUGCCCAAGAAGUAUAUCGUAGCAUGUCCAAUUACACAUCUGUGUUCAAGAAAGCAAUACAAAAAGAGUUGGGCUUUUGCGUUGUUGAUGUGGAUGCUGAUUGGAAUGGGGCAUUUAAUUUCACCAAAGAUCUUACCUUUUUGACCAUUUGUGCCCAAGAAAUGAAAGGAGAUAUUACCCAACGCAUGUGCACAGAAGCAGAAAUACUAGCUUAUGGUCAAAGUUUCGGUGGUGGGAAGACAGGAUCGAGCUUCUUGAAGCCGAACAUAAAUUGUAAUAUGAGUGCAUGGGUUAAUGGUUGUGAACCCGGAUGGGGUUGUAAAGCUAAUCAGAAAGUAAAUAUUGACAGUACCAAGAAGGAAAUACCUGUUAGAUCUGUUGAUUGCCAACCUUGUUGUGAAGGUUUCUUUUGCCCUCGUGGUCUCACUUGCAUGAUACGUGAAUGCAUCCUGAUUUGGUCCGAUCGAAGCGAGUAUGAUGAGGCUCGUAUUGUCCGCGUGGAGAACUCAAUAAAACUAGUGGAGUCUGUGAACCAUAUCGUUAUCAGCUACCUCCUGGAAAAUCUACCCAUACUUGUGGUGGGGCAGAUAUUUGGGCUGAUAUUACGAGUAGCAGUGAGAACAGGUUCUACUUCUCCAGAGCGAAAUCUGUAUAAUGUCAAUGCAGUUCUUGCAACUCGAGAAAGAAGGCAAGCAAAUACAAGAGAAAGGGCUGCUCAAAGUGUAAGAGAAUCACAAGCCCGUGAAAAGUGGAAAUCUGCGAAAGAUAUUGCUAAAAAGCAUGCAGUGGGACUACAGUCUCAAUUAUCACGUACAUUUUCACGCAAAACUUCAAAAGGUUUUGGUUCUAAACAUUCAGAUUCUUCUGGACCAGUUUUUGGUAAAGGCAAGAAAAAAGAUAAAAACAAUCUCACGAAAAUAAUAAAUGACAUUGAGGAAAAUCCCGAUAAUCCAGCGGGAUUUAAUGUUCAGAUAGGAGAUAAAAAUGUCAAAAAGCAAGCACCGAGAGGCAAGCAAUUACAUACUCAGAGUCAAAUUUUCAAGUAUGCGUAUGGUCAGAUUGAAAAAGAAAAGGCUUUAGCAGAACAAAACAAAAACUUGACCUUUUCUGGAGUAAUUUCAAUGGCUAGUGAUAUUGAGGUUAGGAAGAGACCUACCAUUGAGGUUGCUUUUAAAGAUUUAACCCUCACUUUGAAAGGGAAAAACAAACAUUUAUUGAGGUGUGUGACUGGUAAACUCUAUCCUGGUAGAGUUUCAGCAGUCAUGGGUCCAUCUGGGGCUGGUAAGACAACAUUUCUUUCUGCUUUAACUGGAAAAGCAACUGGAUGUCAUACAACUGGGCAAAUUCAUAUAAAUGGUCAGGAAUCUUCUAUCAGGUCAUACAAGAAAAUCAUUGGGUUUGUGCCACAAGAUGAUAUUGUGCAUGGCAAUUUGACAGUGGAGGAGAAUUUAUGGUUCAGUGCUAGAUGCAGACUCUCUGCUGAUCUACCAAAAGAAGAAAAGGUGUUAGUGGUUGAAAGAGUCAUUGAGUCAUUAGGUCUACAGGCAAUACGAGAUUCUUUAGUUGGGACAGUGGAGAAACGAGGAAUCUCUGGAGGUCAAAGGAAAAGAGUAAACGUUGGAUUGGAAAUGGUCAUGGAACCUUCCCUUCUAAUUUUGGAUGAACCCACAUCUGGUUUGGAUAGUUCAUCUUCUCAAUUACUUCUUAGAGCACUUAGACGUGAAGCUCUUGAAGGAGUAAACAUAUGUAUGGUCCUUCACCAACCGAGGUAA